CUUCUUUCUCUAACACAGCACAGCACAUCACGAGGCUUCUUCUUCUCCUCCGUCUCUGUGGAUCCCCACUCUCUGAGAGCUCCAAUCCACUCACAAAUCCACUCCAAUCCGACACAUCCACCAUCUAAUCAGCCACCAAAUCAUCCAAAUCGACUAGCAGCAGAACGCCGGAGGGGGUCGAGGAGGAGGCCGGGGCCGCCGGAUCCAUCGAGCUGGCCGCGCGGCGGACCCAGAUCCACGGCCACGCGUGGGAGGUGGGGAGCGGCUCGCCGGAGGGAGGAUGAGGGGCCGCAUCCCCGGAGCAGGAGGCCGUCCCAACGGGCGCAUCUCAGCGAUUGGUUCCGGCUAGGGUUCCAACCAACAGAUCGGUCUCCGAUUCCCGGCCAUGGAGUCACCGCCGCACAAGCUCAAUGUCGGCCGGGAUGAGGACAGAAUCAGCGCGCUCACCGACGACCUCCUCCUCGCAAUUCUCGAGCGGCUCGACCUGCGUGAGGCGGUCCGCGCCGGCGCGCUCUCCACGCGGUGGCGUGACCUCCCGUACCGGCUAUCGCGCCUGCACCUCGACGUCGGUCACUUCCAAGGCCAAGGCGCCACGCCGCUCGAGGUCAUGGACGCCUUCACGGGCGCGGCACAGAGGUUGCUCUCUGUGGUGGUUCCUCUGGCCGAGGGCGAGGGCGGCAGUGCUGCCAUCAUUCCCAUCAAAGCCCUCAUCCUCGGCUUUUACAUGUCACCCCCUCACCUGAGCUCAAUAGGCCGCACCGUCGAGGACGUUGUGAGCUACGGCAAGACUGGAUGCCUUGAGUUCUCCAUAUCCCCGCCGCGAGGGAGCAACGCCAGCCUGCUUGCUGAAUUCGGGCAGCAGUUCAUGUCCUUCUCCCAGGCCUACCCGGUCGCCUUCUGGUGGCUCACGAGGCUUACACUCAAGAACCUUGUGUUUGGACAUUCCGACGUCACCGCACUUAUUAACGCUUGCAAUAAGCUCAAGCACCUCACCCUGAGUUCCUGCAGACUGGUUGAUCAGCGGUUGGCGCUCAGGAUUGAUACCCCAUGCUCGGGGCUUCGGAGGCUCGACUGCAUCCGUUUUCGUUGUGAACGGAUCGAACUCAUCUCCGUCCCCGAGCUCAGGACAGUACUGUGCUGUUCUCGGCGCUACGAGAACCCUCCAGUGCGCUUCGGCGACGUUCCCCAGCUUUGCCAUGUGAACCUCGGUUAUCUUGCCAAGGCGUCGCAAGCUCCACUCAUGUUGAGUGAGUGCCUUUCAAGGAGUUCCAGGAAUCUGUCGAAACUGAAUCUCAAUUUCUUCAGCCAAACGAUUUGGAUUCAGCCGGAGCAGCCGAAGCGGCUCACUGCUAUAUUCAGAAACCUGACCGACGUGUAUCUUUUUGGUAUCUUCCCUGAGUGUGAUCUGAGCUGGACCCUGUUUAUCCUAGAAGCUGCACCUGCCCUACGGAAUUUCAAGUUAUCUCGAACUCGACAUACAUGUGGCAAAAAGCUUUACGACACUGCCGAAAAGACGAAUGUGGUGUGGGAGCCAUCGAAGGAUCUGAAGCAUCUGAACUUGAAGUUGCUGAUGAUGUUAGGGUUCGAGGAGGAGGUCAAGGUGACAAACUAUAUAAGGCUAGUCAUGGCACAUGUUGUGAGGUUGAAGAGAAUCGAGCUUCAUGGUGAGGACCCAUGCAAGGAGUGCAAUGCCAUUGAUCCGAGGAGAUCCCAGGUGGAUGAAGCUAGCAGGCGUCAGAUUAAGGAGCGACUCACACUUGAAUCUUCCUCGUCUGCGAAGAUAAUAAUUUGUUGAUGGGUAUGGUCAAGAAAUGAUAAUAAUCUCAUAAAAUAAGUGCUCAUGGCUUCUGCUAGAGCAAUGAUGGAUAUUGGUUUAAAAAAUACUUAUUGGUGUCGACUUUACAUUACAGCAUGGGUAUUAUUAUUUGUGCACUGCUUUUCAAA